ANUUUUUUUUUUUUUUUUUUUUUUUCCCCCUCUUUACCAGCUUUUGGUUUGAUUAUUCCAACGGCUACUUUUCCUCCACAUGUUUUUUCUGAUUUUUUGAAUAUAAUCCCCAUUUCAUUUCCACCUCAAAAAUCUCUCCUUUCCCUUACAAAUUCACCUAUAAAAGAAGCACUCUUCUUCAUUGUUCUUGGUUUCUCAUUGCAUUCCACCAACCUCUCUCUCUCUCUCUCUCUCUCUUUCUCUCUCUCUAGAGAAUGCUUAGGCACAAUGUGGGCACAAAUGGAUCUGUAAAUGGGCCUCGCGAGAUCCGAAAAAGGGUUUCUUGUUCAUCAUCAACAUCAUCAUCAUCAUCUACAUAUCCUUCAUUGAAGAAGAACCAUUCCAUUAAGAGGGUAAUUGUUGUUAGGAAGAAGGGGAGAUCCACUGCACCAGUUCCUAUAUCUUCGGGUAGUAACAGUUCUGAAUCAUUCAAGAAUCGAGAAUCAUAUAAUUGUGCGAAAGGGGUCCGAGCUUCGAUAUCGGCUCGAAAGCUCGCGACUUUGUUGUGGCAAAUGAAUAAGUUCCCCUCAGAUAAAAUGGCUGGAGAUUUAGAGGAGGGGGUUUUGAAGGAGGCGAGAAGACGAGGAAGCAGCGCAAGGUCUAGCGUAUCACAUUGCGCUAUCUCAGAAGUUAAGAAUCAAUCGAGAGCGAGGAAUCAUAAAAGAAUGAUCCCACUGGCGCAUCAGAAGCCCGGGUUCAAUGAGAAGGAUCGUAGAUCAUUAAAUUUACACGGCAAUAUGAGCAUGUUAGAGAUUCAUUCAUGUUCUCACAACCUCCCAUCCUCUAUUUCAUCUAAACGAAGGAUGAGGUGCUUGACGAAUUUAAAUAAUGGCAUAACAGCAUCAAAAGAGCUUCUUAAAGUACUAGUCCGCAUAUGGGGAUCAGGCGAGAAGCCCUCGUCUACCGUUCCUCUUGUUUCGGCUCUUCGAGCGGAGUUGGAUGGGGCCCUCGUAAAUAUCGAGGAGCUUAUCGAAGAAGAACUGUCGGAUAAUACGACAGCAAAGGAAGGUUGGAAGAACAAGGAUCGCGAAAGAUUUAAGGCCGCUUUUCGGCUCGUCGUGAGGGAGCUCGAAACAGAAAAAGCAAUGAGAAAAAGAACCGAGAGGCUUAACAAUGAACUCGCCGCCGAAUUAGCAGAAAUAAAAGCCUCCUUGGUGAAAACAAGUGGAGAACUCAAAAGAGAGAAGAGAUCGAGAGAAGUGAUCAAAGAGAUAUGGAACGAAACGGUGAGGGGGGUUGCGGAGGAUAAAGCCAAUAUGGAAGAGAUGAGAAUGGAGUAUAAAAGGGUAAAAGAAGAAAUGGAAAAGGAGAGAGAAAUGCUUCAGAUCGCGGAUGAGUGGCGAGAGGAGAGGGUUCAGAUGAAGCUGUCGGAAGCAAAGCUUCAAAUGGAGGAGAAAAAUGCCGCCGUCGAUCAGUUAAGGAACGAGCUCGACGCUUUUCUAAAAGAUAAAAGAAGAGAGAAAGAAAUCGAGAAUACAAACAAGUUAACCGAGAAUAAAAACCAACUAUUCCAGCUUGGUGUGGUCGCGAGUGGAUCGGAGGAAGGUGAGGAAAAGGAUGAAGAAGACGAGGAUGAGUUCGAGUCCGAAGAUAGUGACUUGCACUCUAUAGAGCUAAAUAUGGACAGUAAGAACAAUAGCUAUACCUGGAGCUACGCGGCUGCGGCGCAUGAGCACAAAGGCAAAUCGGUCGUGAUUGAAGAUAAAAUCGAAUAGGGGAGCGUGAAAAAGGGAAUCGAGAGGGACCUCGGCGAAAUAUCGGGUGGUUAUUUGGGUGAAUGAAAGAUAUAUGAGGAUGGAAAUCUCCGAGGAAGCGAGGGCUACAAUUUGGAGCAAGAAGAUGUAGAGAGACAUAAUGAAGUCGAAGGAAUCGCGGGAGCGAAUCAAAGGUGAAAUCAAUGACAACAAAAUCCUUUUUGGCUCAUUAUUUUUCAUCGUAUUUAUGUGCCUAGAGGUGGUUUUGUCCUAGGUUGAAUCAUUUUCAUUUUCUUGAUUUUUAGAUCCCCAUGAGUAUUUAUGUGUUUUUUUUUCGCCAGAAUAAAAAGGAAAAAAGAAACAAUAGAUUACUAUUACAAAGAGUUAAUGUGAGAAAAUAAUUUGGACAAAGCGUGCAUUUUGUAAAUAAGAAAAUUCCUAUAGUGUUUAUUGGUAGUUCCCUUCUAGGGUUGAGACUCUGUGGUAAUUAAGUAAAUUAUAUUGUUGUUAGGUUGCAAUUUAACAAUUUUUUGGAGUA